UACGCCAGUGAUGCUGCUGCUGCUGUAACUCUCGCCUGCUAAAAGCUAGCUUCUCCGCGAUAUGGCAUCGACCCUUCCCCGUUGCCGCCAUCCACACUUGAUACAUGACGCUAUUUAGUACAUGUGAGCUUCGCGAGAUGAGGCAAAGUCCAUCUUGCGUUGGCGGGCGGCCUGAGUUACUUCUCGCCCCUCGCAAUGGGUUGUGUGACUCAUGCUGAGAAGUCAUCUACUAAAAUCGAACUGCGUCACGGAGGAUCAUACCGAUUCCUCGGCACGACGGUCGCAGAAAGAAGCAGGCAUUUGUUCAGGCUGGAAAGCUAAUUCUAGCCGUUGAUUCCAACGCCCGCGAAUGGCGCUAGUAAGCACCAUCUGCGCCGCCCUAGGCGUCAGAAGCUCCCGAAGCAGCACCACUGGCGGAACCACUGGCGGCACCACUGGCGGCACCAUCGUUAAAGGCUACAGCAGGGAUACGGAACACCCCAGUCCGUCGAGCUUUUCUGCCGCACUACCGGCAGCAACAACCGACUUUCCCAGUCGUUUUUCGAACUCUCAUUCCGGCGCACCGCCACCCGCACCUGCCGCUGGUGCGGCCACUAACCUCCUGCCGUUGAUCGGCGGAUCCGGCUACGUGGCGUCGAUCUGGCACGAUGUUCCCAUCGCCUCCAUUCCCGCGGCUCGGGCUUCUCUCCUACGAUCCGCCUCUUUAACAGGCACAAGCAUCAGCAACCCGCCUGCUGCCGUAGGCAACCCGCCAUCAUCCACUUUAUCCUCGUUACAGCCAGCUUCGCUACCACGCUCGUUGACCGAAACGCACAUUUCUACUGCAUCCCGUGCUGGAAGCGGCGCCAGCGGGUUUCUCCUGCCGUCAACAUCAAGCGCAUUCGCGUUCGUCUGUACGUCCGCACCUUCCGGAUCGCGCGCACACGUGUGCACGUCCGCACGCGACAGAUCGAGCGCACACAGCGCAAAGUCGCUGCAAACUACAAGCCCAGCUGCCAUUAGUACGCCGGCGGCGCCGACACCUGGAGGCAGCUUACCACGUCGACGCAACCUGGCACAAACGACUUCCGAAUCGUUUCAAGCGAAGGUGACGCGGCCGCUACGUGAAUCGCUGGAGCGUCCCGCCGUCUCGGGCUCCGAGAGCGCCGGGCUCCUGCCGCGAAUGGACGGCGGCGGAUUGCGCCGAAACGAGUCAGCGGGAAAGAGCGUGGGAGCGAAGCUGGACACGUGUCCGUGGAACCUCGGGAUCAUCCCGCAGACGUGCGUCCUCGGCCUCGCGGACCCUCCACAGAGCGCCUCGUGGCCGUUGGACGGGGUCGAGGUCGGGGUUGGGAGGAGGAGAGGUGAGGCACGCAUUGCUGCCGGCGGCAGGGGCGGCGGGCGCAUGGAUGCAGACAAGCCAUUCCCGGAGACAUUUGGCAAUGCGCCACUAGAAGCGGUAGAGGUGGGGGCGGGGAGGAGAGCACCGGGAGAUGUUUACUUGGUGGUGCCGCUCCUGGCGCUGCCAGUCAGGCUGCGGGGCGGGGGAGGAGGGGCGGCAGGAGGAGGAGAGCAGGAGAGCGAGAUAAGCGAGAGGAAUGCUUGUGAAAACGACGGCUUGGAAAUUUCCUGGAAGGUGGUGGUGAUUGCUGCGGACGACCCGCUUGUCGUCAAUGGCAGAAGUAUCGAGGAAGUUUCUCGGAAGCUGCUCCCUGCUGUCUGCAGGUGGGCCGAGGCUGCACGAUUCACGAGCCCCUCUCCAAGACAGCUGCUGACGUCUUAUCGGAGUGCGCCGGCGGACGACGCAUGUUAUGGUCGAGCCAAAGCGCACGGCUGGCAGGGAGCUUCCAGGAAGGCGGAGGCGGUGAUUUCUGACGCGCACUGCACGUGGAUGAUUCUGUACUGCCCGCGGUUUCUGAUGGCGCGUGGGAGGCCGCGUGACACGAGCUUUCAAAGGCGCGUCGCUGAAGGGGCAUGGCAGGGGAAGGUUGGAAUAGGGAAGAGUCAAGAGGAGGGGGAUGCAGUGGGGAGGGAGGAAGGACUGGUGGCGCUGGGAAGCAGCACAGCUCAGAGCACAGCUCAGAGCACAGCUCAGAGAACGGCACCAGGGAGCGUGAUUGGACAUUUGUGCAACGCACGUGGUCUCCCACGCAGUAGUGCUCUGGACUGGCGGGUGGAGGGAGGGCGGACGGCCGGAACGAAUCUAUGGAGCAUGCUGCUGGGGGUGAGGAGAAGCAGCGUGGGUGAAGGGGAAGGGAAGCAGCAAAUUUCACAUGAGAAGCACGUGUCCCCACAUCCACAUGCCCUUGCGGCUUGCCGGGGGGAGGAAAGUUCCCUUGCUGCUUCCAAGGGGGAGGAAAGGGAAGCGGAGGCGCGUUCAUUGCAGCGAAGCAGCACUCUUGGUGGACUGUUCGGUAAGAGCCAGAGGCAGCAACAGGCAGUGAGUGGCGAGGCUUCUCUUGAACGCAGCCGCACACUGAGCCACCUGCCAGAACAGCAUCAAGUGUGUACUCUUGAACGGACUCAUACACUGGAGUGUCCAGAAACGCCGACUGGGCAAGCUGAGGGGCCCAAAGAUAGUGUUUUGCAGCGGUGCGGCACUCUUGAUUGGGUGCCAGGAAGGAGGCUGAAGGAACGGCAGAAAGUGAAUCGUGAAUGCUCAUUGGAACGCAGCACGACUCCCGGCCAUUUGCCACAAGAGGACCAAGUGCGCUCACUUGAACGCAGCAGCACAGUGAGCCAUCUGCCAGAGCAGCACCAAGCGUGCUCGUUUGAACGCAGCAGCACUCUAGACAGGCUGCUAGGGAGGGGCCGGAAGGAACGGCAGAGGGUGAGCUGUGAAUGCUCGUUGGAGCGCAGCAGAACCCUCAGUCAUCUACCAGAGCAGCACCAAGCGUUCGCUCUUGAACGCAGCAGCACUCUUGGUAGACUGGUAGGACGGGGCCUGAAGGAACGGCAAAGAGUGGGUCGUGAGUUGGAAAAUAGCAGCACUCUCACUCAUUUGCCAGAGCAGCACCAAGUGAGCUCACUUGAACGCAGCAGCACGCUUACAAGGCUGCUGGGAAGGGGUCAGAAGGGACAGCAACACAACAGUCUCGACCAUUUGCCACGAGAGCAUCAAGCGUGCUCGCUUGAACGCAGCAGCACACUGAGCCAUCUGCCAGAGCAGCCUCAAGUAUAUUCACUUGAGCGCAGCGCCACCCUUGAUAGGCUGCUGGGAAGGGGUCGGAAGGAACGACAGAAGGUCAGUCGUGAGAACUCCUUGGAUCAACACAAUACCCUCAGCCGUUUGCCACAAGAGCAUCAAGUGUGUUCACUUGAACGCAGCACCACACUGAGCCAUCUACCGGAGAAACAUCAAGUGUAUUCACUUGAACGCAGCAGCAGCCUGAGCCACCUGCCAAAGCAGCAUCAAGGGUAUUCACUCCAACGAAGCAGCACUCUCAGCCGGCGUUUCGGAAAACCCCGGAAGUGGCAGCAGCGAGUGAGAGACGAGCCCUCCCUGGAGUCCAGCAGCACUUUCGGGAGCCACCAUGCUUGAGAGCUUCAAGGGUCUACUCUUGAACACAGUAACGCAGUAAGCAACCCUGGUAAGGAGGUCCAGAAACGUUCUCUGCGACGCAGCAGCACUCUCAGUCAACUGCGUAGAAAGGCACAUAACCAACGGCAGCACCAGCGCCAGCAGCUUCAGCAGGCAGUUAAGCAGCGGCCUUUCCCCAUCCUAGAACGCAGCAGCACAUUGUACCAUCCACCAGAAGGGCACCAAGAGUAACCUCUUGAACGCAGCAACACGUUGAGGCACCUACCAGAAGAGCAUCAGCAUACCCUCUUGAGUGCUGUGAGAUGCCACUCCCCCCUGCCAACCAAUCCCUGCAGCCAUUCCUGCAGCGCAGCAACACUCGGGUGCCAGCUUUAAGCAGUGCUGAUUUCGACACCGGCAGUGUUUCAAGCAGCGACGGUACUGGAUGGACAGCUGGCAGAGAUCCUGUUAUAGCAGUCUCGAUAAAGCCAGCAACGCGCCUGAUGCUACAGCAAGCAGCAGCAGCAAAACGUUUGGUAGGCAAUUACCACGUAGCAAGAAGCAGCAGCGUGCUUGAUGCUACAGCAAGCAGCAGCAGCGUGGCUGAAGGCUUGGCAGCUGGGGUGACAUUUAUAGAAGCCCAGGUGAUGGCAGCUGGGUUCGGGUUUUAAGGUGUCCAGGAGUGUGCAGGCUAGGCUCGCAGGAGGGUGUGGUUGACUGAUUCCAGGCAGCAUUUACAAGCACCUUGUGCGCCUUGACCUAUUGGCCAGUCUAGAAGCGCAGGCGAUGGCAGCUGGGUCCGUGCUUUGGAACCCAGGAGUGUGCAGUUUUUGGAGGGUUUGGCUGACUGAAUUCCAGGCAGCUUUUCCCAGCCCUCUGCGCUGUUGACUCUCAGCCCUCCUAAAGGGGUAGGGUGCGUACGGGGUACUGUGGUACCCACACUCGCUGAAGGGGCAGGUGAAUGUCACACCAAGAAUGAAGGUAGUGAAGAGAGUGCUGGGAGAGGGGAUGUGGAAGGUGUGUUGGGAGAAAGGUAAGGCAUACAAUAGCGUGCUCCACUCCACCUGACAUGUUUCUAGCAUGCUUUCUCAAGGUGGCAUGUUGUUCUAGAUACAACUGACUGCUUUCCCAACUAU